CUACCCGGGCCCGACUCCCAUGCCUCCCCAGCAGACGACUGUGUUGCCAUUGGCGAGCCUGCAAAGAGAUCGGACAGACGCAGUCCGUUGGUGUCCUGUACCAUGUCAGCUUUCACUGAGUACGGACCUCUGUGUGCUCCCGUUGGCCAGCGAAUAGAUGCUACGAUUGGCACUGUACUGCCAAAUCUUAGUGGCGGUUUUGCCCUUGUGGUCGAGCUCGUACUCGACGGCUCUCGCAAAGUCCUCGUCCGACUCGACGUGGUUAUCGAACAUGAGAAUCCCUGGUGGACAAGGACAGGAAGGCAUAUGAAUGGGCUACUGGUCGACCAGAAGGACGUGUGCUCAUCCGUACUGUUGGUCUCCCUCUCUUGCGCAUCGUGCUGCAGAGUGAAGGGGCGGUGCUCGUUGGUGUACUUGAAGUCGCUGAACCCAUGAUGGGCGCCGAAUCGCCACAUGAUGUCGCCGGUGCCCCUGUCGACCUUGAUCACGCCUAUGAACACGAAUGCCACGCAGGUAUGCAAUGCUACUGAGUCCGUGUGUUGGGUGCCGACCCAUGUGCCUGAAUGAGAUGAUGAUGUUCCCGUCGGCUGCCCACGACGCAGUGUUGGGGUGCUGAACAGCAGCAGAUAGGCAUGUUGUAUGCAUGACGAGAGAUGAGAGCCUGGCGUCCCUCUCCUCACCGCUAGAUCGCCAUCCUUGUUGCGCACGGUGUAUUUGAGCAUCUGCUCGACGGUCAGGUGGUCCCACUAAGCACAAAGAAACCAAGGGGUAAAAAUGGGCGCGCACAUCUGUGUACGUUAGCUACCAUUCGCCAUUCGAAAAUGACGUUGCCGUGUUUGUCUUGCUCGGUGACAACGGCGCCCUUAAUGAAGACCCUGUUACCCUUGGCAUCGCGGGCCUCUUGCGGGUCGACGUGGAUCAUCAACGCAUUCUCCUCCUGCCAGACGAGAGAGAGAAUUGCGUUUGAUAUCAAUGUACCUUGAUCGAUCAACAGAUGUCGAGGUACCUCGUUGAUUUUGAAGUCGUGGCCUGAGCACAUUCGAGUCCUUCAGCCAUUACCGAUCCCUCAGCCAUUUUGUCUUUGUGCAUGUGAGUGAGCGCAUACCGUCCUUUUUGUAGCCAUGGGGCGAGGCGUAUCUCCGUAUGUUGUGGUAUUUGUGAUCGAAUAAGAAUGAGCCGAAGGACAGGAGGCCGCCGCUGUCGAUCAUUCAAGAAGAGAAACGUACACGUGCACAAGUAGUCCGACCCUCAAUUCGAGCAGUCAUCACCUAGUCAGCACAAAAUUGCCUCGUGCGCCGUAUCGCUCUGGCGUCUCGAGAUAGAAGACCAAGUCGCCAUCGUUGUCCAAGACAAGCAGCCUGCACAAACACACAAUGAAAGGCAUUCUUCCCCGAUUGCUGCGGUGAUGUCACUGUGGAUGAAUCAGACUAUAUAUACCAUGGGUGCUUGACUUCGUCGACGGGCACCUUCUUUGGCGUCCGCCGGUUUGUGAAGAAGACGUAGCCCCGCUCCGCUCCAGGCUUUGCCUCAACUGACAUACGAACUUUUGGGAAGUGCUUCGUCGGAACGGUGACAUAGCCCCUGCGAUUUCAGAGAAGACACAUCGCAUACGCCAGGAUGCAAUAUCACGCGUCUGCCCUUUGUGCCCCUCAACACGCUUACAUGCUCAUGUAUUUCGCAACAGGAAGGGUGUCCAUGAAAUCAAACCUUGAUGGACAAACAAACGCCAGCCAGUCAGACACUCGCCACCAUUUCUCAGUCGGACGAGCCUACCCAUUGACGAAGUGGCCGCCCCGGAGGAAUGUCCCGUUCAGGUUGAGAUGUGUCACAUUGUUCUGCAUCCAUCGAAAGCAAGACAGGACCAGUCAAGGGCCUUCUGCUUCCCUUUUGCUACCUUAAGGUAAGGGGUGUCACCCGAAAACGGCGGGGGGUCCAACGUGAAGACGCCAUUCUUCUCCCUGAUUGUAGCCUUAUUCUCUGCCUCGGUCACCUCUGCCUCUAUGAGGGAGGGCUUUCGCUUCGUCGUCUCGUUCGUUUGGUUCAUGUGCGAGAGAUAAAACCUCCAUUGCAUCCCGCCGAGCUUCUGACCAUCGGCUGUCGUGAGACCCUCUCGCACUUUGACUCGCACCAUCUCACCCCUUGCGAAGUCCUGGAAGCUUCGGAAGACGACGGUCUUCCCAUCUGCACGCGAAGACGCACACGACAAGGGGCAGAUGACCACUUGACGAGCGUUGCCUUUCUUACCCGCGGCGAGCACCAGCUUGCCCUUGACCUUCCCUGACUUGUUGCCGCGGACCCUCAGCUUGCCUCGGAUGGACCCCGGCUGGAGGCUGCUUCCCUCGCGAAGGGCUAUAGUGGUGAGGGGCGACACCAGCCCGGCCUCAGGCCGAGGAUGAAUGUACCUGCCAUAAGCAGACAGUGCAAAUGCGCGAGGGCAAGCACGAAGAGGAGAUCUUUACUCAAAGGCCCCGAAGCGCUUGUGUGUCUUGGCGCCGUCAGUGAGCUUCAGCCCAUGAAGCACAUCAGCAUGGCUCAGGCCAAAGAGAGAGCACAGGGCGAGAACGCACCAGAUCAUCUUCAGUCAGCUCGUUGCCAAACCGUCCAGGGCCUUGUCUACGUGCGGCCGCUUUGGUGUGCGCACUCUCACCUCUCUUCUUGCAGCCGUCCUCUCGUCCCUUGUCGAUGGCAUUUUCAG